AUGGCCAAUCACGAUGUCGCCGACUCAACCGACUGGCUGUCGACGUCACUCUCGGCCCUAUCGGCGCUUGAAUCUGCCCUGCGAUGCCAGGUCUGCAAGGACUUUUAUGAGACGCCAAUGAUUACGUCGUGCUCACACACAUUCUGUUCCCUGUGCAUACGACGAGCCCUGUCGAACGAGAACAAGUGUCCGCUGUGCAGGGCGUCGGAGCAGGAGAUUCGGCUGCGGAGCAACUGGUCUAUGGAGGAGGCGGUCCAGUCAUUCAAGAAGGCGAGGCCGUCGGUGCUGGAGCUGGCGCGCAAAAAGAUGACGACAAUCAUCACAUCCAAGAGGAAGGCGACGGUACCGGAAGGAGACGAGCAGGCUGCGCCGGAUACAAAGAGGUUACGAUCGUCAGCGAGGCUCAGCCAGAAAAAGACCGAACCGGCAGACGACCCGGAGGACGAAGAGAAGCAGGACCAGGAGGAGAUUGUCAUACAGGCGUCAGAUGACGAAGACUACACCCCAGAACCCGCCGAUGGCCUUGUCCCCUGUCCGAGCUGCCAGAAGCGCAUGAAGGAAUGGCAAGUCUUCCAACAUCUAGAAUCAUGUCCCGGCCCCGUCAAGCCAAGACCGCAGCGGCAAGACAACACGCUGCAACCGGGCACUCCCUUCCCAUCAUUAUCGCACCGCCAGCAACCCGCCCACCCGCUCGAACGUCUCCCCUCGCUCAGCUACUCGAUGCUCAAGGACCAAGCCCUACGCAAGAAGCUAGGCGACCUGGGAAUCUCCAACCAGGGCCCCCGCGCGCUCCUCGAGAAGCGGCACAAGGAGUGGGUGACGUUGUGGAAUGCCAACUGCGACGCGGUCAAGCCGAAGAGGCGCACCGAGCUGCUUCAUGACCUCGACAUGUGGGAGAGGACGCAGGGCGGGCGGAUGUCGGGCAGACAGUCCACCGUGGUCAUAAACGACAAGGACUUUGACGGGCCGGCCUGGGCGACCAAACACGACGCCUCGUUCAAGGACCUCAUUGCCAACGCAAGGAGGAGCAGUGCGCAGGCGAAGAACGGAGGGGGACAAGAUGCUCCACCCCCAACCGAGCAGACCAACGGCGACGAGAAGCAAGAGCAA